UCUCCAGCCAGGAACAUGAAGGGCUUAUCGGGCAGCCGUUCCCAACACCAGAUCCCUUUACCCCACGGUCUGGACUACGACCCCUACCCCCAUGACCUUCAUGCCCACCAUGGCCCCGACUCCCGCCACUCCUCCUACCUGCUCAGCCCCACAGAAAGCUGCCCCAUGGACUUCCACCAUCGUUACUCGCCACGCAGCUCUAUCCACUCCGACUGCAUGAUGAUGUCCCCAGUCAUGAUGCCGCCAGUCGCUGCCUCUGACCACAUCUCCAGCAGCACCUUCCCCAGAAUGCAUUACAGCUCCCAGUACUACGACUCUGCCACACGGGAUGACUGCGCUGCCCACGCUGGCACCAAGAGCAACCGCCUCCCUGCCAACCUGCUGGACCAGUUUGAGAAACAGCUGCCACUUCACCGCGAUGGCUUCCACACGCUGCAGUAUCAGCGCACCUCCACCACCACCGAGCAACGCAGUGAAAGUCCCGGCCGCAUCCGACACCUCGUUCAUUCUGUCCAGAAGCUCUUCACCAAGUCCCAUUCCCUGGAGGGCUCGUCCAAAAUGAAUGGCACCAAAAGCGAGGUCGUAGGAGGAGGGGGUUACCACCAUCAUGGCCAACACUCCACCAAACAUGGUAGCAAGAGGAGCAAGAGCAAAGAACGCAAGCACCGCUCUGGUGGCUGGUGGAGCUCCGAUGACAACCUGGAUAGCGACAGCACCUACCGCACACCCAGUGUCAUGUCGCGGCACCAUGGGGAUCACGCUGCCCACUGCUACCCGGACUCCAUGCACAGCCACCACUUUGGAGACCUGUCGCUCAAGACCUCGAAGAGCAACAACGAUGUCAAGUGCUCGGCCUGUGAGAGCAUGGCCGGGGCACCGGAGGGCAAAUUCAUGAAGAGGAGCUCCUGGUCCACACUGACUGUCAGCCAGGCCAAGGAGGCCUACAGGAAGUCUUCGCUCAAUCUGGAGAAACCCAUGAUGCACACAGACCUGAAGCCUUCACUGCGGGCCUGUCACUACCUGCAGGUGCCUCAGGAUGAGUGGAGCGGAUACCCAGGCGACAGGGACGAGGAGAUCCCAUGUCGGCGGAUGCGCAGCAGUAGCUAUGUCAAAGCGAUGGGAGAGGUGGAUGAUGAGAGUGGUGACUCUGACACCAGCCCCAAGACAUCCCCGCAGAAGGCCAUCCGGCCUGAUGCUCUCGUCCUCAAAUCAGCCAUGCAGAGACCCCACAUAGACUCCCACAGCCAGGGCUACCACUUGCAAACCACAAGAGAUAUGCGGCCCCACCCUAGUGUCUCACUGGACCCAGCCACCACCUUCAACCCCCCGCCGUUCCGCUCUCGCAACCAGAGCUACAUGCGCGCCGUCAGCACCCUCAGUCAGGCUAGCUGCGUCAGCCAGGUGAGUGAGACUGAGAUCAAUGGCCAGUUUGAGUCAGUUUGCGAGUCCGUUUUUAGUGAAGUAGAAUCCCAGGCCAUGGAGGCCUUGGACCUGCCUGGCUCGUUCCGCACUCGAAGCCACAGUUACCUCCGUGCAAUUCAGGCUGGUUAUUCCCAAGAUGACGACUGCUUGCCUUCAAUGACAUCCUCCACUGUCACUUCAACUCUCAGAUCCACAACAGCAGUAUCAUAUACCCCCAGUUACAAGAAGACUCCACCUCCCGUGCCCCCGCGCACCACCACCAAGCCUCUUAUCUCUGUGACAGCCCAGAGCAGUACAGAGUCCACCCAAGAUGCCUACCAGGAGGGCAGGCAUCCGCGCGGCGGUCUGUGGGCCACAGACAGCCUCGGUCGUGCCAUCUACAACUCCACAGACAGCCUGGACAGCACCAAGGCGGUCACCAUGGCCAUGGAGUCAGCAGCGGGCAAGAGGCUCGCCUCGUUGGGCAGCCACACCUCAGUCCAGACGUGUGACAAGGCGGUGCUGGUGUCCAAGGCGGAGGAGUACCUCAAAACCCCUCGCUCCUCCAUCGGAAUACAGGUGGAAACUGUGACAGACUCUGAGACUGAAAGUAAAGGCCUUCCUCAGUUCCACUCUAUUGGGAUCCAGGUGGAGGAUGAAAAACGGCAUGGGCGGUUUAAGCGCUCCAACAGCGUGACCACCGCGGUGCAGGCCGACAUGGAGCUGGAGGGCUUUCCCUCCAUGGAGGACAAGGGCCUCCAGUUUGGGGGAGGCUUCGGUCGCCACUCUGAGCCCAGCACGCCCACGCAGUACGGGGCCAUCCGUACGGUGCGCACCCAGGGCCUGUUCAGCUACAGGGAGGACUACCGGCCUUCCAGCGGGCCCCCCAGCCCCCAGCCGGAGCCCUGGCUGGUGGAACCCAGCCUGGAGGCCCCCGAAACGGGCCGAGUGUCCCCCCUCCGCAGGGACGGCAGCUGGUUCAUGCAGCUCCUUCAUAAUGAAACCAAGCGGAUGGAGGGAUGGUGUAAAGAGAUGGAGAGAGAGGCAGAGGAGCACGACCUGUCAGAGGAGAUCCUAGGAAAAAUCCGGAGUGCGGUGGGUAGUGCUCAGCUCCUAAUGUCUCAAAAGUUUCAGCAGUUUUACUGGCUGUGUCAGCAGAAUCUGGACCCCAGUGCCAUGCCCAGACCCACAUCUCAGGACCUGGCUGGAUUCUGGGACCUCUUGCAGCUUUCCAUCGACGACGUCACUGCCAAGUUUGACGAGCUGCAGCAAAUCAAGAGCAACCAGUGGCAGCUGGUGGAGAGCCCGGAGAAGAAGGAGCGGAAAUGGCCACCACCUCUGCCAAAGAGGCCGGCCAAGGGCCGCGGCGCAAUGAUGAGGGAGCGCUCUCUGGACCUCCAGGACCGCCAGCGACAGGAAGCGCGCAGACGUCUCAUGGCUGCCAAACGGGCAGCUUCUUUCAGACAGAACUCAGCCACAGAGAGGGCAGACAGCAUCGAGAUCUACAUCCCCGAGGCCCAGACACGGCUUUGA